CUGCACAUGGAAGGAGCACUAACCGCGCGUGACAAAGUCGGGGUUCAAGACUUUGUGCUGUUGGAUUCUUACACCAGUGAAUCCGCUUUCAUGGAUAAUCUCCGCAAGCGUUACAGAGAGAACCUCAUCUAUACCUACAUUGGGACCCUCCUUGUGUCGGUGAAUCCUUACCAGGAGCUGGGCAUCUACACAAUGAAACAGAUGGAGCUUUAUCAAGGGGUGAAUUUCUUUGAGCUACCACCACAUGUUUAUGCUAUAGCGGAUAAUGCCUACCGCAUGAUGUGCUCAGAACUCAAUAACCACUUUAUCUUGAUCUCUGGGGAGAGCGGUGCCGGUAAAACAGAGGCAUCCAAGAAAAUUCUCCAGUACUUGGCGGUGACCUGCCCAAUGACGGAAUCACUACAGAUAGCCCGUGAUAGAUUAUUGCUUUCGAAUCCAGUCCUGGAGGCUUUUGGAAAUGCAAAAACUCUCCGAAAUGAUAAUUCCAGCAGAUUUGGAAAGUACAUGGAUAUCCAAUUUGAUUUUAAGGGAAUUCCAGUAGGCGGUCAUAUCAUCAGUUACUUGAUAGAAAAAUCUCGAGUCGUUUUUCAAAACCAUGGGGAACGGAAUUUUCAUAUCUUCUACCAGCUGCUGGAAGGAGGUGAAGAUGACCUAUUAUCCUACUUGGGACUUGUGCGGAGCACCCAGGCAUAUUUUUACCUUAAUCAGGGUCGGUGUGCCAAAGUGACUUCUAUUGAUGACAAGAAUGACUGGGAAACUGUGGUCAAAGCUUUCUCCAUCAUUGAUUUUAAUGAAACUGACUUGGAGAAUCUCUUUGGCAUUGUGGCCAGUGUCUUACACCUGGGAAAUGUUCACUUUGUCGAAGACGGGGAUGGAUGCGUCACUAUUCCUGACAACAGUCAGAUCCGAUGGAUAGCAAAGCUAUUAGGUAUCCACUUGUCAGCUCUUCAGGAAGCUCUGACAUAUAGAAAAAUUGAAGCCAAAUCAGAAGAGGUGUUAUGCCCAUUGAAUAUAGAUCUGUCGGUCUAUUCCAGAGAUGCGAUGGCUAAAGCUAUUUAUGGGCGGACCUUCACUUGGCUUGUCAAUAAGAUCAAUGGUUCCCUAGCCAACAAGGACUUCACCCGAAAAACUGUGAUUGGAUUGCUUGAUAUCUAUGGAUUUGAAGUCUUUGAUAAGAACGGUUUUGAGCAGUUCUGUAUAAAUUACUGCAAUGAGAAACUUCAGCAGCUGCUAAUAGAGAUGACCCUGAAAGCAGAGCAAAUAGAAUAUGAGCUGGAAGGCAUCGAGUGGGAGCCCAUCCAAUACUUCAAUAACAAGAUUAUAUGUGACUUGGUGGAAGAGAAACACAAAGGAAUUAUUUCUAUUCUGGAUGAAGAAUGCCUGCGGCCUGGAACUCCUACAGAUCUGAGUUUCUUGGAAAAAUUGGAAGAGAAAGUAGGGAAGCACGCUCACUUUCAAACCCGCAAGCUUGCAGGUCCAAAGGCUAAAAAAAGGAUCAGUUGGCUGGAAUUCCGGCUUCUCCAUUACGCAGGAGAGGUCACCUACUGUGCUCGGGGAUUCUUAGAAAAAAACAACGAUCUCCUGUUCAGACAUCUCAAAAAGGUGCUCUGUGGGUCUAAAAAUGGCAUUAUUAAAGAGUGCUUUCAUGUAGAAGAAUUAGAAAACAGGAAAAGGCCUACAACGGUUGGAACUCAGUUCAAGAAUAGCGUGGCCAACCUCAUCAACAUCCUGAUGUCCAAAGAACCUUCUUACAUUCGCUGCAUCAAACCCAAUGAGGGAAAAGAACCUAGUAAGUUUGAUGACUUCCUCAUAAGGCACCAGAUCAAGUACCUGGGUCUGAUGGAGCACUUGCGGGUGAGACGAGCUGGAUUUGCCUACAGGAGGAAAUACGAGCAUUUCUUGCAAAGGUAUAAAUCCUUGUGCCCAGAUACGUGGCCCCACUGGCAUGGUUCUCCAUUAGAAGGGGUAGAGAAGCUCAUCAAAUACAUUGGUUACAAACCUGAGGAGUACAAAUUAGGGAGAACCAUGAUAUUCAUACGUUUCCCCAAAACUCUUUUUGCCACUGAAGACGCUUUCGAAUUUAGCAAACAUCAGCUAGUCGCAAAAAUCCAAAGCACAUACAAAGGCUGCCUAGAGAGGAGGAACUACCUGAAAAAGAAGCAAGCAGCCAUUACACUUGAAGCCUACUGGAGAGGUGCCCUGGCUCGAAAGGAGAUCAAAAGGAGAAAAUGGGCUGUUCAGAUCAUCAGAAAGUUUAUAAGAGGGUUCAUCAGUCGAAAUAAGACCGUUUGUUCGGAAAAUGAAGAUUACAUUAUCUUCGUGCGGAAGAAUUACAUCCUGAACCUGAGAAAGCACGUUCCCCAAAACGUGUUGGACAAGCGCUGGUUGAAGCCUCCGGCCAUGCUGGAAAAUACUUCUGAAAUGCUGAAGAAACUCUGCACGAGGAACCUGGUGCGCCGGUAUUGUCGCGGGGUCACGGCUCGGAGGAAGGCUCAGAUGCAGCAGAAGGUGGUUGCAAGUGACCUGUUCCAAGGGAAGAAGGCUGGCUACCCGGAGAGUUUAGACCAGCCCUUUGCUGACAGCCGGAUCGAUGAGGCUGACAUUAAUCCCAAAGUCCUGCAGCUCCUCGGCAGUGAGAAAAUCCAGUAUGGCACGCCCGUGGUGAAAUACGACAGGAACGGAUUCAAAGCUCGACAACGGCAACUAAUCCUUACAGAGAAAGCGCUGUACGUGGUGGAACUUGCUAAAAUUAAGCAGAGAAUAGACUAUGAAUCACUAAAAGGUAUUUCCACCAGCAAUCUGAAUGAUGGACUCUUUGUCAUCCACGUCUUCCCAGAGGAUAACAAACAGAAGGGUGAUAUAAUUUUACUGUGUGAACGUAUCUUUGAAACAGUGACGAAGCUCUCCAUGGUGGCGAAGAAAGAGGGCCUAGUGCGGAUUGUUCAAGGAAGUUUACAAUUUUACAUCAGUCUGGGAAAAGAAGGCACCAUAAUUUUCAACACUGGGCAGGAAGAGCAGAUCUAUAAAGACAAAGAUGGACAAUUAAUAGUGGUGAGUGAUAACGUCUGGGGAGGCUGACUAUCAGGUACAACGGAGGCAAACCAGUAAGAUCCAGCUGUUUGGGACUCUCCGGCUGUUGGUCUGAACCUGCUGAGAGCCCGAAAGAUCAGGUUCUUCACUGGUCCAAUCGGGUGCCUGCCCCACCUACUACCAAAGGGUGGGGGAGAAUAUAAGAAUGACUGGUUUGAAAAGCUCGGUGUCUGGGGGAGGGAGGAAAGGAGGCUGGCGAUGGCAGCGGGCCUUCACACACACCUCGGCGGGACGUUCUAGGAACGUUCACAGGAAGUGCUCACUGUGGUUACUUAAUGACGAGCAGGAGCCAGCCACAUCCAUGAUACGGGAAGCAGAGGGUAACAGAAAGAGCCCUGGUCCAAGACUAGAACCCUGUCUUCUGGUCUUGGGUUUGAUAAUUAUUCAACACGUGUGACCCCUGACCCCUCUUCAUCGGCAAAAUGUAAAUAUACUUCCAACGGGUUGUGAAAAAUGGUGAAAUAAAUGAGGGACGAUAGUGUGGCUUGGCUAACCGUCUUCUCCACUGGGGCAGGGGGAAGUGAUACGACCAUUUCCCUCUUUUAACCGAGACUCCUUUCUCCCAUAGGUGUCAGUCCCGAUGAAAUCCUGAUAUGGGCCAUGUUGGACCAUCAGGGGAAAAGAAACACGAGGGCUCCCGUUUGACAAGAGUUCCGAAUUCAUGCCAUUCAAGGCUGAGGAUAUUCUUGAGGAGCCGAACAUUCAGCUCUGUGCCUCCUAUUUCAAUGGGGCACAGUCACCUUCCACUAGAUUAGACCCCCUCCACUCUAGCUAGUCUUUCCAAACAAAGCCUCUUGAAUGUUUUCGCGGUACCUACUGCGCACUUGGCUUUCCCCUUCCCUCAAGUAAGUCUGGGGCCU